AUGGACAUGACAGUGAUUGUACAUUGCCGCGACGAAGGAUCCAGGGAAUCAAGCCAACGUGUUUUGUCUCUUGUGAGAGAAAUGAACCUUACCCAUCUCCGAAUACAUCGGCUUUGCUUUACCGACGGAUUGGAGGAACUGCAAAAAUGGAUGGCUUGUCCACCAAAUGUGUACUUCAUAUUCACUGCGGUAGUACGCGAUGAACCCAUUAGACUAUCCGCUGCCAACGUUUAUUUGGAUAAACUGCUACUUGAAAGUGAUUCCCAAUAUCUUUCGUUCAAGCCACACCAUCUCAAUACGCCUUGGGUAGUUUUGGAGGUGGCAGGCGUGGUGGCAGGAGCAAGAGGAAUGUAUAUUCAGGAUGUCAUGGAGUCUGCUUCUCAGAACUUUAGGCGUAUCUACAGACUGCCAUCGUGGUUCAGGGAUGAUGUCAAUUUGGAAGACGUCGGCGCUGAUAUCUGGGAACUGUCGAAGUGCAUGUGA